UUCCUGCAUUUCUUCUUUCUUUCGUUAUGGGGGGCGUGGAAAGGAGGAGUGCUUUAUCAUGGAAACUUACAGGAGAGUGACUUAAUUUUCUCUACGCAAGCAAUGAAGCAAAACAUUUGUGUCGUCUGAGCUGAGGUCGGCGGUUCUACGUCUUUGAAUUGGUCGUUAAUUAGUUUCCAAUAAGCCGCCUUUUACAUCUCGUUAGUCUCUGUUCCAUGCUACUAGUCCUGAAUGUUUUUCAACUCUCAGAAACUUCCUUUUACUUCCCCCCUUCUUCUCCAACUUAAAUACCCCAUAAUUAAAUAAAUCUUGCAGCUUUUUUGCAUUCCCCGAGUCUUCCAAGCUUUAAUUAAGGUAGAGAGAGAUACAGUGCUUAUUCGGCUCAAUUGGUAAAGAGAGAGAUUUGUUUUUUGUCUGGAACUAAUUUGAUUGCUGAUGGGAGGUAAAAGCUCAAAAGAGUCCAGUUGGAGAGAUUAUUCUUCUUAUGGUUCAGCCAAUUCACCUUCUUCUUCUUCAUCGAAUCAGAAUGGUUAUCCUCCAGCAUCACCAUAUCCGUAUCCAUCUCCUGAACAUAAUUCCUAUUACACUUCUCAGAAUCACCAUGCGCCUGCUCCUAGUUCAUCAUCUUAUCCUUAUGAAUCACAAAGAACCCCCCAACAUCCACAGAAGAGGUUGGAUAGGAAAUACUCGAGAAUAGCUGACAAUUACAAGACCCUGGAUCAGGUGACUGCUGCUCUUGCUCAAGCUGGGUUAGAGUCUUCUAAUCUCAUUGUUGGAAUUGACUUCACAAAAAGCAACGAGUGGACAGGUGCAAGAUCAUUCAAUCGGCGAAGCUUACAUCAUAUUGGAAAUGGUCAAAAUCCAUAUGAACAAGCAAUAUCAAUUAUUGGGAGGACUUUAUCUGCAUUUGAUGAGGAUAACUUAAUUCCAUGUUAUGGAUUCGGAGAUGCAUCAACUCAUGAUCAGGAUGUCUUCAGUUUCUUUCCGGAUGAGAGAUUCUGUAAUGGAUUCGAGGAGGUGCUGAUGCAAUACAAAGAAAUUGUUCCCAACCUUCGGCUCGCGGGACCGACAUCUUUUGCACCUGUUAUUGAGAUGGCCAUAACUAUUGUUGAGCAAAGUGGUGGGCAGUACCAUGUUUUACUGAUAAUUGCUGAUGGACAGGUGACGAGAAGUGUUGACACGCAGUCUGGCCAGCUCAGUCCACAAGAGAGAAGGACAAUUGAUGCAAUUGUCAGAGCAAGCAAAUACCCUUUAUCGAUCAUCUUAGUUGGAGUUGGUGAUGGACCUUGGGACAUGAUGAGGGAGUUCGAUGAUAACAUCCCUGCUCGAGCCUUCGACAAUUUCCAGUUUGUGAAUUUUACAGAAAUAAUGUCCAAAAAUGUGAGUGAAUCAAGAAAAGAAACAGAAUUUGCUCUUGCAUCAUUGAUGGAAAUACCUUCUCAACAUCAAGCAACUAUUGAGCUUGGCUUAUUAGGUCACCAUAGAGGGAAUGCGCCAGAGAGGGUUCCUUUGCCCCCACCACUUUACGGCCCACAUUCUUCAAGCAGAUCAAAUGCUUCCCGCUCAAGCAGCUUCCAGCGGCGGGUACCUUCUUAUUCUAGAUAUGAUACACCAGUUAGUGGAUACGAAACAGCAUCAGGGAAGGCUCCAUCUCCUAGCUCUGUGUACGAUAAUCAGGUUUGCGUCAUUUGUCUUACCAAUCCAAAGGACAUGGCCUUCGGCUGCGGGCACCAGACUUGUUGUGACUGUGGAGAAGACCUCCAACUGUGCCCUAUAUGUCGACGCCCAAUACAGACCAGAAUCAGGCUCUAUUAAUAAGUUUCAAUGCAAUCUCUGAGAUUAUUUCUGCUCCCUACAUGUUUGGUUCGGUGGAAGCUGAAUCAAAUGCUCAUUUUUCUGAGGCAGGGGCAGGUUAGCCAUUCAAUAGUGCCAUUUUCACCUGUUAAUUUGUUGUUAGAGAGAGAUUUCUAGACGACCUUCAUGAAGAAUGAAACAGUUUUAGGAUCUGCAGGGUUGAUCUGUUUCUUAGUGGAUGUUUUCUUCUGCCAAAAUAAAGGCCAAGCUGUAGAUGUAUAAAACUGCCAGCCUCGGCCUUGUAGAAAUUCGGGAAACUAGCUAGUUUGAUUCAUGAAAGUGUACACCACAGCUGAGGACUCCUCCACAGACUUGUGUUCAUUUUGCAAAUUUAUUCUUUUAUAUGUGUAAAUACAUUUGUUUUUGGCUUGGGAAGGAGUCUUUGUAGUAAUGUUGAAUGAUUUUUAUGUAACGGUGAAGUAUUGAGUCUAUAAAAUUGAGUUGGAUUUUAUGUA